AGGCUCCUGUGGGCCCGAGCCGGGUGCCGAUGGAGCCCCGGCACAGCGGGGCUGCGGGGCGGGGCGGCACCGCGGCUCCCCGGGCAGCAGCCGGCCCUCGGCCCCCUCCAGAGCCCGGCAACAGCGGCUGCUGGCCGGGCCUCAGGGCUGUGCGGGCAGGGGAGGCCGGGGCUGGGCGCAGCGAGAGCCCGGCCGAGGGGCUGAGCCCGCGCCAAGCCUUCCCUGCUGCCGCUCUCUGCAGCUGGCAGAGGACAGGAGCCGAGCGGCCGAGCACCUGCGCCGGGUGCUGCCGUACCUGCAGAAGCCACAGGAGCCGCUGCGAGCGGCGGCCAUCAGGUUCAUGGGAAGGGUCUGGCGGCGCCGGAGGGGGCAGCAGGAAGAGCUCCAGGCCCUCAGGGAGGCCCUUCAUGCCCAGAGGCAAGAUGCCAGCCUAUCAUGUUCUAACCUGCAAAAUCAAGCCCGGGUUCCUCAAAGAGCUAAAGAACAAGGGACAUCUUCAGGAUCCAGUGAACCAGUGUCCCAAGAACGCACCACGAGACACUGAAGAGGACAUCACCUCUCAGUGCUGCUGCAGCUGCAGGCCUAGCUGAUGCUAGGCACAGUUCCAAUGGCUUCACACCUCACCCUGUUUGUAGAUAACUUCGUCCCUCUAGCCUUCAGACACUGCCCAUUCCCCAUUUUUUUCCCUCCCCUCUCUUCUACCCCUUUUCACAGCUCCCUACCUCUAGCCCUCUGACCCUGCCCAUCCCCUUUUGCCACCCCUUAUCAUCCCUUUGCUUCCCCUUUAAUUAAUAAACAGUUUGGCUUCUUCACUUUACCUCCAUCUCUGUGGAGCUGAAGCAGCACAAAUCCAGGGUGCAGGGACACACAGGCCCCUCCUGCUGUUCUCUUCUGCGCCGUGUGCUGUACAGAGACCCAGAGGAACAAGGGCAGAUCAGGCUGCAAAGGUCCCUGUGCUGAAGGUCCCCUCCCACAACACUGUGCAGUUUAAUGUCUUGCUGAGCACUCUGAAGCCCCUGGAUUUUGGAACAGCCAACAUGAGUAUGCUCUGAACUCAGCUGUGAGGGAUUCCAUGGCAAGCAUCCACUGAGGGCAAAGGAGCUUGGAAUGCUGGAAGCUUUCAAGAAUCGCUUCCUGAAAGCACAGCAGUGCUGCACCCCUACACAGGGUCAGGAAGAGGGCAGAAGCAGAGACCAUCAGGGCUUAACAGGGAGCUUUGGGUGUGCCUAAGGGCAAGUGAAGCAGCAGCACGGUGGCCGAGACUGGGACGUGCGACCGUGCCAGUGCCCAGAGCGCUGUCAGGCAGUGCCGGGAUCCCGGGUGUGGUUCUGGUCCCCACAACUGAGGAAUGGCAGCCCCUGCCUCACACCCAGUCAGAAUCCAACCAAGUGAGACCAGAGGGAGGGCAGCCAUCCAGUCUCUCUGGGGCACGGCCGCAAAGCAGCCCCUGCUUCUUCCUCUGCCUGUGCUUGGGGUGUGCUGAGGGCAGCACCAGCCAGGCUGUGCUCUGUGUUCCAAAGGCUGUUGAGAGCGGGCAUGAAAAGUGCUGUGUGCACAGCAGAGAGUCCUGGAAGGUGCUGGCAAGAGCGUCCUGUGGGCACAGGGCUCUGGGAACAGCCUGGUUUUGUUGCCAUGAUUGCAGGCAGGAGUUGAGGCAGGCAAAGAGGCACCCCAAACACACUUGGGGGAAUAUGAGCUAGAGCUGCAGUGCCUUUCUUAAAAGGACCAGAAGUAAUUAAGCCUUGCAGGGUUUCUGAAGAGUGCAUUGGUCUUCCCCAGGAAAGCUACACACUUGGGGAAAAUGCCCUUGGGGAAAAGGGACCUGCUGCUCUAGGAAAGUGCUUUCCCAGGAGCUCCAGUGAGGUAGGUGCAAGUGUCUCCCUUUGGCUCUCUGUGGUCCUUUCAGUCCUUGAGGCCUGUUGCACUUGGCAGAGAGAAAGGGGAAGGGAAAAGGCUUUGAGGAGCACGUUUGGCAUCCACCUGGUCCUGUGGAGGCCAAGCCAAGCACCUGCAGAAGGGGGUGUUACCCCCCUUUGGACAGAGGUUCUGGAAGGCAGAAGGAAUAGCUGUGACUUUUUCUGUUAGUGGUCCUGAUUCUCCUGCAGGGAAGAAGAGGGGAGAGCUGUAUUUGAUUUGCCACCUCAAUAUCUGUACCAGUGGGAGCAUUAGCCCUUUUGCAAUCUACUUAUUUGUUUGGACUACUUUUGUAACACUGAGGGGACUUUCAGUCCUUGAGAGCUUUUAUUCCUUAAGAGAAUUAGAUUAUUAUCACCCCUUCACAGAAAACCAUUUACAAACCAAAGAAUGGCCUUUUUAUUACCUCUGUGUAGUGUUAUGUUUUGUGAAGUGACUCUCAAUGGAUGACCUUAAAGCAAACUUUCAAACCUUUCAUAUUCUCACGGCAUCUUGAUUUUUUGGGAAGUUUGCAACUUUUUGGAUCUCCUUGAGCUGAGCAAAGGGGAAGGAAAGCUUUCCUGAACUGAGGAUUCUUCUGUGCCUAGAGAGCAAAGAUGUUUUUGUGCUGCAGGAAAUGAUGCCAAUGAGAAAAUUCAAGCAUGGAGUAACAGCUUCUGACAGAGACCAAGUUUUGCCAGCAGUAGCUCCAGGUGCUCCUACCAGCAGCCCCUGUAGGAAGGAGCACAGCCCCAGUGCACUUUGGCUUUGGCUGCCUCUGGCAGAGAAGCCCCCUGGGGCACAGGUCUCUGGGGCAGGAGAGGACACCAGCACUGCAGGGCUCAGGGGUGGCAGGUGUGCUUGGGUGGGACUCUGCCACACCUGCUGAUUUCAGUGCUCCCCUGGCCCCAGGGCUUAGAGCAGCAUUUAUUUGUGCUUCAGGGGGCAGCAAGAAGAGCUCCAGCUGAUCUGCAAAGGUGAAUGCGGGCAGCAAGCUUUCAGCGGGGGCUGGCAGGGGAAGCUUCAAGCCCUGGCCCAGCUGUGGAGGGCUCUGCUCCCUGUGCAGACGAGGGCUGGCAUGGGCAGAGCACACUGAGAUUUCAGGCGACCUGAGGGUUUUGUGGCCAGCACCUUCCAGCAGAUCCUGUUGGUCCCUGUUCCCUCCUGGCCAUGGCAAGAUCAGGCUGGGAUGGCCCUGGCUCAAGGGCUCUCCUCGGGUCCUUGCAGAUCCAGGAUUUUACCUUGGCUCUCUUCCUCUCUCUUGUAGCCCUUGAACACCUUACAGAGGACAUCAGCAGUGCCGUUGUCAGACCUGGCACUUCAAACCUUGUAUGUCCUCCAGGCACUGCAGAGUGGGGGAUAUUCUGUCUUCCAGAGACUGCAAGAUCAAUUCUGCAGGGCAUGGAAGACACGGCCUCGUCUGUCGGGCCUAGGCUGGCUGCGCUGCUGGAGUUCUGCUGAGAGCUGGUCUGGGAGGCUCUCUCUGCUGGGUCAGCACCUGAGCCAGCAGUGAUUUUUCUUUCCUUUAAGACUGAUGUUUUCUUCUUUUCCAUUUUUUGUAGCAUGUAAAUAUAGAAUGUGUUCUAAUAUGGACUCUCUGGAGUUUUCUUUUGCUGCCCAGAGUCCUCAGGGCUUUGGGGAAAACGUGGAAAAACAGUGCAUAUGCUCAGCAAGCUACCCAGGCAUGCAGUGUUGAAGAGAAAAUGCCCAGAAGGCCCUUGGCUUUUGAUAGUUCUGCUGAAGCCUUUGUGCUGACCAAAGGGCGGCUGGGCAGGGGCCAGAGCUGCUGGGGUCUCUGCUUGACCAGUGCCUGGAGAUGGCCACAAGCCCUGUGCCAGCCAGGAACGGCCAUCUGCACCCUCCUGCCUGUGUGUUGCUGGCUGGAUUGCUGAGGGCUCUGAGGUGCUCUUGACUGGGCUCCUCUGGAGCUCCUGCAGGGCUGCGUCGCUGCUGCCGGGCAGGUUGGCCGGGCUGGGGGAGACCCUGAGGGGCUGGGGCAGUGGGCCAUAAGUAGCCCCCAGGCAGCCGCCUUGUUCGUGCCACCCACCUGCUCUGGUGCUUCCUCAGAGGGCAGCUGGAGGGAGCCCCUGUAAUCAGGUGUGUAACCCUGGUCACAGCCUUUCAGAGGUGUGGGCCCAGGAGUUGUGGGGCAGGGCGUGUGACCCCCCUGUCCUCAGGACUCGAGCCCCCGGCCCCUCAGCCUUUGGCCUUGAGCUCGACUGCCUGGCUGCUGAGUCUUGUCCCUGUUGUGGUGUGGGAGGCCGAGCUCUGUGGCUUUAGGCAUGACUGAGCGAGAAGAGCAGCAGCUUUGAGCCGAGAAGGGCCACAGAAAGGCCCUGUGGGCCAAGGGCAUUCCUGGCAUUCCAGGGGCAGGGAUCCAUGAGAGUGCAGUGAGCAUCUCCAGGGUGCUGUGGCUGGCUUUGCACUGGACAGCCUCCCUGUGUACAGGGAUGGAUCGUUGAUCUUCUGCCAUGGUGCUUGUUUCCCUGCCUGGAGAGAGGGGCAGCCCUCUAUGGAGGAUGAAAGCCCCUGUCUCCAAAACCUGCAGGAGGAAAUGGAGCUCUCCCAACCUCAGCCCAUGCUGUAAGCAGGGCAGAGCCUUUUGGUGUUAACACAAACAGGGGUUGGGAAGUGGGUAUCACAACAUCAACAUCAAGUUCUCCCCAAUAUUUAGUGUCGUUUUUUCCACACACGAUUUUAUGGGAAAUCUUACAUCAGUUAGAUUUAACCAACAGUUCUGAUUUUGAAAUUCACAAGACAAAAUACGGCCAUGAGGCCCUGUACUAUAACUGUGUACUGGUUCUAUGUGUGAUCCAUUAUUCAGUCCACAUCUCAUUGCUAUGCCAUCACCUUGUGAUACCACAAAAGGAGGGAAAACUUUAUUUUUAUCACCCACCACUAGGGGGACAUUUUGACCAUGGUUCACUACCAUUACACUCAAUAUGGGUUUUGCCACAACAUUCAUUUUAAAUUUAUAAACCAAACCUUGCAAGCCUGACUGAUCCAUUUUUUUGCCAAUUACAUGAUACAUAGGUGGGUUUGGUUAACGUGAAGUUAUGCCAACAGUCACCAGACUCAUUUUUACAAAGCCUUGUGAUUUCAACAU